AGGGCAGCCCCGUUGUCAGAGCCGCUCAUCGAGCCCGCCGGAGCCGCCGAGGGCCGCGGCCGGGCCGAGAGUGCUGCGGCGGCGCGGUGAGGGUCAGGAAGGCGGCGCGCUCCCAGCGUGCCCCGCGCGGGCCUGGCGCGCGGCCGCGGGCAAGAUGGCGGCGGGUGCGGGGCGGCAGUGAGGCGCCGGCACGGCGGGGAUGGAGCCGCCCGCGGCCCCGGGCCCCGAGCGGCUCUUUGACUCGCACCGGUUCCCGAGCGAUGGGUUCCUGCUCCUGGCCUUGCUGCUUUACGCCCCCGUGGGGCUCUGCCUGCUCGUCUUGCGUGUCUUCAUCGGCGUCCACGUGUUCCUGGUCAGCUGCGCCCUGCCCGACAGCGUGGUGCGCCGGUUCAUUGUCCGUGUGAUGUGCUCCGUGCUGGGGUUGCUGGUGCGUCAGAGCGACCCUCGGCUGCGUGGGGCUGGCACCAGGGUCUUCAUUGCCAACCACGUCACCCCCUUCGACCACAACGUUGUCAGCCUGCUCACCUCCUGCAACACGCCUGCCCUGAGCGGUGCCUCAGGGUUCAUCUGCUGGUCCCGGGGAUUCAUGGAGCUGGGAGUGACAGGCAGCCGUGCGGAGCUGGUGGAUUCCCUGAAGGAAUACUCGGCCCACCAAGGGAACCCACCACUGCUGCUGUUCCCAGAGGAGGCGGCCACCAACGGCAGGGCCGGGCUGCUCCGCUUCAGCUCCUGGCCCUUCUCCAUCCUGGAUGAGGUCCAGCCCGUUGCCCUGCAGGUCCGGAGGCCGUUGGUGGCUGUGAGCGUGGCUGAUUCCUCCUGGAUCACAGAGCUGCUCUGGACCUUCUUCGUUCCCUUCACAGUUUAUCAAGUAAGGUGGAUGCCGUCUGUCCCCAGACAAGCAGAUGAGCGGAGUGAGGACUUUGCGCUCCGAGUUCAGGAGCUCUUGGCCAUGGAGCUGGGUGUGGUAUCCACACGGAUCACCGCUGCCGACAGGACCGAGCACAUGAAGAGGCUGAGACACACGUCACGGCUGCCCUUUGCCCCAGCCUCGAGCCAGCGCCCGGCAGCCCGGCCCAGGGUGCCCCCCAGCCUGCCUGGGGGUGCUCCCGAGGACGUGAGGGUCGUGGCCAUGGCACAGCAGGUCAAGGAGGUGCUGCCUCACGUGCCCUUGGAGGUCAUCAGGACAGACUUGGUCCAAACCAAUUGUGUGGACACCACCAUUGCCAACUUGCUGGAGGGGAGAGUUUCUUUCUUCCCUGAGAGUAAAGAGGCUGAAGACCUGCCUGCCCCGUCUACCUCCCAGGCUGCAGCUGCUUCUGGCAUCCAGGGCUCUGUGGCUGCGCCUUCUUCCAAGCCGGCUACAAAGCAGUUUGCAAAGUCCCCCGUGGAGCGUCACCUGUCCUUGCAGGAGAGAAAACGAGCCUUGUACGACUAUGCCAGGAGGCGGUUCGCUGAGAAGCACGGCGCGGCAAGGGCCGGCGGCAGCCCCUGACCGGGCCGGGCUGGGCCGGCGGCAGCCCCUGACCGGAGCCCCUGACCGGGCCGGGCCCGGCCGGUGGCACCGGGAGCGCGCGGGCCCCGCGCGGGCGGGACGGGCGGGGCGGGGGCGCCCCCUGGCGGCGGAAAUAAACGGCGGCAGCGUC